GAUAACCUAUCCAACUGCAUAUUGCUUGGCAUAUCUAUAUGAUACAAUUUAUUUGAUCUCUCUCUUUGUUUCAAACUAUCUUCAUAAUCAUGGAAGGCACAUAUCACCGACUUAUAAUUGUCUUUGUUUUUGGGUUUCUGUGCAUGAGCAGUGCAGUUGGACACAACACAAGUUCUAAUGCUGUGAAAAAGUUCAAAGUCAUGUGCGUGGAGAAGGAGAACAAGCUCUUCUCAAGUUCAAAGAUGGCCUUGUGGAUGAGGAUAAUCAGCUCUGCUUAUGGGGGAACCAAGAAGAAGAUUGCUGUAAAUGGAGAGGAGUUAGGUGCAACAAAAAUUCUGGCCAUGUUUAUGGGCUUGACCUCCGCCCUACAAUCGUUUAUAAUCCUAAUGGGAUAUCAUUAUCUUACAUGCCUUUCAAAGGGGAAAUAGGAUCUUCAUUGCUUGAGCUGCAAUAUUUGACAUACUUGGACCUGAGUCUGUUCGAGGGAAGUGAAACCUCCAUCCCCAAGUUCAUUGGUUCAUUGACAAACUUGAGAUAUCUCAACUUUUCUGGGUGCAAUUUUAUCGGAACCAUUCCUUAUCAGCUUGGAAAUCUUACAAGGUUGGUUUCUCUUGAUCUCAGCUUCAAUAAUUUUGACAAAGUUGAAAGUCUUAUGUUCCUUUCUCAUCUUCCCGCUUUGAAGCAUCUUGAAAUGAGAUACACAAAUCUCCGUCAGACAACAGAUUGGUUGCGAGCAAUUAAUAUGCUUCAUUCUCUGCUCAACUUGCAUUUGAGUGGAUGUGGGCUCUCUGUGGUGAUUCCUCCACCUCUAUCUCUUGCCAAUUCCUCCAAGUCUCUUGCAAUAAUUGAUUUUUGUGUCAACGAGUUUUCGUCUUCAAUCUUCCCUUGGUUGUUGAACUUCAACAAUAGCCUCCUUUCUCUAAACCUUGAAUUAAACCAGUUACAAGGCCAAAUUCCAGAUACUUUUGGAAAUAUGAUUGCUCUUCAACAUCUUAAUCUUGCCUUUAAUCACCUUGAGGGUAGGAUACCAAUUUCCUUGGGAAAUCCUUUUAGUUUGGAAACACUGGAUUUAUCUUGGAACAAUCUAACAGGAGAGGUGCCCAAUCUGAGUAAUUUUUCAUUCAUCAAAGAGCUGCGUCUUCCAAUGAACAAACUAAAUGGGAGUUUGACAGAAAGUACAGACCUACUUUCCAAUCUUGAAGUUAUGGAUAUCUCCUCAAAUUCCAUGAAUGGUGUUAUCUCAGAUAUCCACUUUUUGACCCUCUCCAAAUUAAGGCAUUUGGAUAUUUCUUUAAAUUCAUUUACUUUGAACUUAAGCUCAUAUUGGGUUCCUCCUUUUCAGCUUGACAUCUUAAUAAUGAGCUCUUGCAAACAGCUAGAGCCUCAUUUUCCACAAUGGCUGCAGACACAAAAGAGAAUCAUUCACCUUGAUAUCUCUAAUUCCCGAAUUUCAGAUGGCAUCAGUGAUUGGUUUUGGGAACUUCCACCUAUUUUGAUGUACUUGAAUCUCUCUGGAAAUCUAAUCUGUGGCGAAGUGCAGAAAUUGCCAUUCAUAGUUGAUAAUUUUUCUGCAAUAGACAUGAGUUCCAACUGCUUUCAUGGCUCAAAACCACCGCUUCCACCUAAUAUAACGGUAUUGAAUCUCUCCGGAAAUAGGUUUUCUAGAAAUGCAUCCAACUUAUGUUCAAUAUCAGGGGAGUAUUUGAACAAUCUUGACGUUUCUGACAACUCUCUCUCAGGAGAACUUCCUGAUUGUUGGACAAAUUGGAAAAAGUUGGGCAUCCUUAAUUUGGCAAAUAAUAACUUUUCUGGGAGUAUCCCUGCCUCACUUGCGCUUCUUCCAAUCGAAGCAUUGCAAUUAAGAAACAACUGUUUCUCUGGAGAAUUGCCACCAUCCCUAAGUAAUUGUACUGGUCUUAAAUUUCUAGAUGUGGGGGAGAAUAGAUUGUUUGGUACAAUACCAGCAUGGAUAGGGGAAAAUCUUCCAAGUCUGAUUGUUCUACGUCUAAGAUCAAAUCGGAUUUAUGGAAGUCUACAUUUGCAACUAUGCCAUCUAACUUCUUUGCAAAUAUUGGACCUAUCCAAUAAUAGCAUAUCAGGAGGAAUACCACAGUGCCUGAGUAACUUCACUGCCAUGGCAAGCAAUAGUGGUACAGUUGAAAUCUUCGAUAAUUCAUAUUCUUACCUUCUAGAUCCUUGGACCACAAAAGGAUGGUAUAAAGAUGUGCCAUAUGUGAACAUUGUGAUGAUUUUAUGGAAAGGAACAGAACGUGAGUAUGGAAAUACUCUUGGCCUUGUCAAAUGCAUUGAUUUUUCAAGCAAUAACUUCAGUGGAAAAAUCCCUGGUGAAAUUACACGCCUUGUAGGCUUGCUUUCGCUAAACUUAUCAAAUAACCAAUUGACUGGAGUCAUUCCUCACAGCAUCGGCCACUUGAACUUAUUAGAAUCACUUGACCUGUCUGCAAAUCAUCUUUCUGGAAAUGCAGGACUUUGUGGUGAACCACUUCCAAAUAGGUGCCCUGGAGAAAAAGUUGCAAGACCGUCCAUCAACAGAGGCAGCGAAAACACUGACAAGCGAGUAGGCAAACGUGAGAUUAUAACCUCAGGAUUUUACAUAAGCAUGGGAGUGGGGUUUGCUACAGGAUUUUGGGGAGUUUGUUGCAGUUUAUUGCUUUACAGGCCUUGGAGACAUGCCUACUUUCACUUCUUGGACAGGGUAGGAAGCUGGCUAUAUGUAAGAGCUGUAAUUAGUAUAGCAAAACUACAAAGGAUGCUUUGAAACCCUGAAAGCAAGUCUCUCUCUGUGUUAAUUGUUUCCUUCUUUUUCUUUUUCUUUUUUCCCCAUUAUCCUUUUGUCAUAGAGUUCUAGGUUCCUAAACAUGUAUGUCGCACAGCUUUCUUGGAUAUAUAGUAUAAUUAUCUAAGGAUGUUUGCUUGUAAUCAUAAGUCUUUGUCAUAGACGUAUAAUACUGUGUAAUCAAUAAUUAAAUGUGCCACAUAUUGCCAUUUAUGCUAGGAUCUAAACUACAGAUCCAAGCUUUGUCGGUGUUUUUGAUGGAGUGCAGUGCUCUCGUGUUGCAGAAAGCGUUUGUGUUCGCUCGGCCCUUCAUUGGCUGCUCCAAGCUAAUUAUUCGAAAGUGAUCAUAGAGACUAAUGCUCAAAAAGUAGCUGGCGCCAUCAGUAAUGCCAAAGAAGACUCGUUUGAGUUUGGCGCUAUUAUCCAAGAUUUGCCGUGUUCUGCUUCAGCAAUCAGCUGAUGUUUCAGUUUCUUGAGCUCGCAUAGAAAAUAAUGAAGUUGCUCACAGUUUUAGCUAAGCUUGCUUAUCAGUAUGC